AUGUCAAACGAGGAGAUUAUCCGCGCCUACCGGCACCUGUACCGCGGCUUGCUGCGGGCAGUACAGUAUUCCAAGCCGGCACGCUUCGUGGCCCGCGACCAGCUGCGCGCGGCGUUCCGCGAGAAGCAGGCGGCGCCGGCGGUGCUCGACCCCCGUGCCGUAUACCGGACGAUCCUGUUCCUCAAGGCCGCGGCCGUCGAGGCCGGGCUGGAGCACAAGAUCCUGCAGAACCUGCUGCGCACGGCGCACGCCCGCCAGCACGAGGUGCGCGCGCGCAAGUGGUCGGUCAUCGCGAAGGAGGCGCGGGAUGCGCAGGGGAAGCCGAAGAAAUCAAACACGAUCAAAGAUACGGCAUAUCAGCAUUAUGAGAUGACGAUUGCUAUGCUCAACAAGACCAUGGGCCUGUGUCUGCGCUGA